AGCCUGCUUUGUGAGUUCAUAUUUUUGGCCACAUCUCCGGGCCACGUCGCUCCUUCUCGCCAUUUUACUUUGAUCGCAAGAUAAGAUCUGUAAGACGGCAGUUAAGACAGUCCCUUGUAAGCGCCUUCACUGCAAAAAAGAGAAACAGGGGAUCCCAGCUUUGACCGUCUGAAGGCGCUGACCGAUUAGCUACGCGACAAGAAACAUGAACGUCUUCAGGCUCACCGGGGAUCUUUCACAUUUAGCAGCCAUCAUUAUCUUGCUUCUCAAAAUAUGGAAGACCAGGUCUUGUGCCGGUAUCUCUGGGAAAAGCCAGAUUCUUUUUGCUUUGGUCUUCACCACUCGUUAUUUGGAUCUGCUCACCUCUUAUAUCUCGCUGUAUAACACCUUCAUGAAGGUUGUCUACAUCGGUUGUGCGUAUGCCACUGUGUACUUGAUCUACAUGAAAUUCAAGGCGACCUACGAUGGCAACCACGACACGUUCCGGGCGGAGUUCUUGGUGGUGCCCGUGGGUGGGCUGUCCUUCCUCGUCAACCACGACUUCUCCCCUCUUGAGAUCCUGUGGACCUUCUCCAUCUACCUGGAGUCUGUGGCAAUCCUGCCGCAGCUCUUCAUGAUCAGCAAGACCGGCGAGGCAGAGACCAUCACCACACACUACCUGUUCUUCUUGGGGCUGUACCGGGCACUGUACCUCAUCAACUGGAUCUGGCGCUUCUACUUUGAGGGCUUCUUCGAUCUGAUCGCCAUCGUGGCCGGUGUGGUGCAGACCAUCCUCUACUGUGACUUCUUCUACUUGUAUGUCACGAAAGUACUGAAAGGAAAGAAGCUCAGCCUUCCUGCCUAAGUGCCAAAAAAGACCCCCAGCAGCAGCUGUCCUUGGAGUCGCUGGGGCAGAAGCGAUCUUUGCCACAAGUUAGCGUAAGAUGCUUGAGACAGAGAAGGCGAAAGGGAAACACUACUGUUUUUGUAUCUGUGUACGUCAACAGCUCCGGAACAAAACCGGUUCCCCCCACCCCACCCCACCCCCCCGUUUUCGAUUUUUGUUUUAUGUGUCUUGCUUUUACGUUUUUUUUGUUCGUUUUUUGUUUUUUUAUUAUUACUGUCUAUAAAGAAACCAGUUUUAUACAUAUGAAGUGUAUUCCUCCAGGCUGACAUUCAUUUCCAUGGAUAGGUUUAAAAGGGGAAAAAAACCCAGAAAGAUUGGUGCUAUUCUUAAAGAAAAAAAAAAACACGUUUCUGAGAGUCUGUUUGCAGUCAGAAUAAAGUGCAAACGAUCUAAAAAGGAUAGUUUGGGGAGUCUAACUGACCUGAAUUGCCAGAAAACCAGCUGAUCAGUGUAAUUAACUGUUUGUUUUCCCGUUUCCAUUAAUUUUACGUUGUAUUUAUUUGGGUAGGCCAGCUGCCUGUAUAAACCUUCAGCAUCCUGCCUGUUCUGUAAUGGGAUGUUGCCCAUCACAUGCUCUGCAUAUCUUUACCACUUUUAUUUCAAUUGCCCCUUUUCCCUCUGUUCAGGUUUAACAGUUCAUACUCUGAGCAGUUACUCCUAUAUCCUUCAUAGUCCCUGGGUUACAUUCAAAAGGUGCUCUGUCCUCUGAUCUGACACUGGCACACGAUUUGAGGUAGUACAUAGCCUUGUUUUUGUAGACUACCCAAACACAUUUCUUUACCGAAACACAGCUUUUGAUAAACUGCCUUACUACAAUGAAAUUCAUUUGCGAUAAAUAACUUUUAUUCAUGUAACCCCACUGUAAUCUUGCAUUCACUUUCUAAUUUAACCAUCUAAUGUCUGGCCCUUCAGUUUAGCUGUAUAAUAUAUAUCAUUUCAAAUACCAUGGUCUCAGUUUGAAGUAUUUCCAUAUCCUCUAUCCUUUAAAGUUGAAACCCUAUCACAGCAGACACUGCAGUGAUGUUCGGUUUUGGGGUAGUGGGUAAAACAUGAAACCAUGUUACACUGAAAUAGAGCCUUUGUUGUACUUGUGACAGCCUUAUCUGACUGGUAGAGUUCAACAUUUUCUAGUGAUAUACCAUUGCAGUAAUUAGUCCAUUGACUUUAAGGUAAAUGAAAAACAGAAAUGCCCUUAAGUGAUGUGCAUAUUGUGGAGCUUGCAGCUUUUCUCUAUUAUUAUUUGUAUGUUUUUUUUUUUUUUUUUUUAAAUAAUCUGGGCAUUUUUGUAUAGGGGAGUAUCGACGUCUUGUUUUAAAACUUUUUUUUUUUUAAAUUCAGCAGCUUUAGCUAUUCUUUCUAUUCAUCUGAAUCAUUCCUGUAGGUUGUUAUUAUUAUUAUUUUUUACUGAGCUGCUGCAUGAUAUCCUGUGAUUACCCCAAAUAAAGAUUUUAUGGGAAA